AUGAAUUUCAUCCGUCCUCAUCUCAAUCUCGGUUACGAACCAGACCUCCCUCACGGCGUCAACGGUCUUCCGGAACUUAUCGCCUUCAAUGCGCAACAUAAUCAGCACCUCGUCUUUUGUCGGCAAAUCCGUGCUGGAGAAGGCUAUCACGAAAUCACCUUUGCCCAGCUCCAGGCAGCCGUCGAGCGAUGUUCUGCAUGGCUGGUUGCCAGCGGUGUCACCGAGGGACCCGCAGCUCCUUCCCCAGUUGGUAUCUUUCUUGGUAGCGACGUAUCGAUUUUCAUAUACAUCGCUGCUCUCCUUCGCAUUGGAACUCCUGUCCUACUUCUGUCUGCACGACUUAGUAGCCUAGCCGUCGCACACUUGUUAAGGUCCACCUCCACCUCCUCUCUUCUUUAUAGCCCCCAAGUCUCUCGCACCGUCCAGUCCAUCGAAGGUCUUGACACUUAUUUCCGACUCGCUCCCGGAUACGAGUCGUUCCUCAGUGAUGACCUCACAACAAUACCGAUACCUCCUCCGUACCUUCAUACAGUUCGCCACCAACUUGGCGCUGUCAUCAUGCACAGUUCCGGGACGACCGGCCUUCCGAAACCCAUAUAUCAUGCUCCAGCCUACCUCUUGGGCUACGCCGCUUGUCACAAUCUUUCACAACCCUCCAGUCCUUUCGGAUACAACGUCUCCACACUGCCUUUGUAUCAUGGUUUUGGCCUUCUCGCACCAUGUCUAUCGUUGUCUAUCGGUCUUCCCUUUGUCUUACCCCCGGCAUCUAUCAUACCGACGGCUCUUACAACACUCGCUUCUCUCAGGCUUCACAAUGCCUAUUCCAUGCUCUCAGUUCCCUCCGUCCUCGAGGACAUCUUGACCAGUUCAGAUCUUGACGCAAUCACUACACUCAAAUCCCUCAACUUCAUUGCAAUAGGUGGCGCCCCUAUGAAAGAGUUUGUUGCCGAACAACUCGUGUCAAAAGGUGUCAAGUUGCUAAAUCAUUGGGGUGCUACAGAGAUCGGUGCCAUCGCCCUCAUUCAACAUCCUCCACCCAACUACGACUGGCAUUACCUCAUCCCUCGAACCGAUCUCAACCUCGAGAUUGUUCCCAUCGACCCGUCCUCUUGUCGCCUCAUAGGUCAUCCGCCAGGCUGGUCCCAACCCUUCCAUGUUCAGGACCUCCUCAUCCGUAACCCUUCAGCACAUAACCAACUGCGAAUUCUGGGCCGAGCAGACGACCUCAUUGUUCUCUGUACUGGCGAAAAAGUUCGUCCGACCAGUUUAGAGCGUGCGGUUGCCGAACACCCGCAAGUCAAGGAUGUGUUAGCGUUUGGUUCCGGGCGCCCAGGUCUCGGGUUACUCGUCGAAUUACUUGAUGGUACCACCAAUCCGAAUGAUAACUCCUUCAUGCAGAGUUUCAUACCUUAUCUUGAACGAGGUAAUUCCCUUACAGACGGGCAUGGGAAAGUCGCGUCGAAGAUGGUCAUCUUCACCACUGCAGCCCAAAAACCACUCAUACGCACGGACAAAGGCAGCUUGGCCCGCAAGGAAAAUUUUGUAGCGUUUCAAGAGGAGAUUGAGGACUGUUACGAAGCAGCGGAACAGUUAGAGGUUGACCCCUUACCUACCGCUGCCGCUGUGGGUGACGGUGGAGGUGGUGACCUCCAAGAUUCAAUCCGGCAACUCGUGGUAAGAGUAUGUGCUACGACUUCCGCGGUAGACUUUUCGGAUCCUGUGAAUGAUUCACUCGACUUUUUCGAGAUGGGAAUGGAUAGCUUGCAGGCUACGCGCCUCCGGAGAAUGAUUCAAUCUGCUCUCCCCGGUACCUCCUCUGUGCUUCCGCCGGAUUUCUGUUUUCGUCAUUCGUCUGUUGCGAAACUCUGCAAUGCGAUAGUGAACAUUGAUAGUGUACAGGACUCGUCUGAAGAGGCGCGAGUGGAGGAGAUGCAUGCUAUGGUUGAUAAAUGCAUUCGGGAAUUGAGGACCUUCGAGGCCCUUGCAACUGUGACACGAAACCAGUGUUGUGAAGGUCGAGGCAAGUUCGUUCUUCUUACCGGAUCCACUGGGAGUUUGGGCUGUUUAUUGUUGGAGAAGCUUUCUGCGGACCCCACCGUGCGCAAAUUGUUCUGUUUGAACCGGCCGCGUCGGGGUGGGUCGAGGGCGCACCAGAUCUAUGCUCUCAAGAAACGGGGUGUGAUUAUACGUCCGGAACAUUGGGAAAAGGUCAUCUUUCUCCAAGGUCGAACUGGCGCGGAUAAGUUUGGGCUGAGUGAUACGAAUUAUUCGCAGCUGUUGGAAGUAACACACAUCAUACAUAAUGCCUGGCCUGUUGAUUUCAACCGCACGCUCUCUUCCUUCGAACCACAUAUCAGAACGAUAUUGAACCUUGUCAAACUAUGCCUCCAAAGCACUACCCUCGGGACCCUGAACCCCAAACGUAUCCUCUUUGCCUCUUCCAUCGCGGUCGUAGGGAACUAUCCGCUUUUGGUAGAACCUGGAGCGGUAGAUAUACCCGAAACUGCGCUCGACGCACGAGCCACCGAUGGGUUUGGCUACCCCGAGGCGAAGUGGGUGUGUGAGAAGGUGUUGGAGGGGGCGAAUGAGAUGUAUGGAUCGGUGGUUCGUACGUCGUCGGUGAGGAUUGGACAAAUGACGGGACCGGAGGGCUCGGGUGCGUGGAAUGAGACGGAGCAUUUCCCGAUGAUGUGUAGGAGUUCACAAGUAGUUGGGGCGUUACCUGUGAUUGAUGGGUCCCUUUCGUGGAUGCCAGUAAACCGUGCGGCAGUUGUCAUUUGCGAGCUUUUGUUUUGUCAAAGGUUUCAGCCUUUUUAUCAUUUGGAGAAUCCCUCCCGACAGUCAUGGGAAGGAAUUAUCGAACAUCUGUCUAAAGCACUUAUUCCGUCGGAUAAUAACGGCGACCCGUCGACAUCCACUGGUACUCUGCCGGUGAUUCCGUUCCCGGAAUGGGUCGAACGUGUACGUUCGUUCGGUGGCGAUCCGACACAGAACGCUGCGUUGAAGAUUAUGGAUUUCAUUCAACGUGAUUUUGUAAGGAUGGCGGGGGGGAGUGUUAUUCUGAAUACGAACGGUGCGCGUAAGGAUUCGCCAACUAUGGUGAGGAGUACGGCAGUUGAGAGGAGACAUGUGGAGGAGUAUUGUGGAUAUUGGAGGUCUGUGGGGGUGUUGAAGUAG